AUGGAGUAUGCGAGUCCAAUGAAUUGCACUUUAGCUGGCUGCCUACGCUGCCUUUUCCCAAGAAAAAAAGUUACUUAUCGACUUCACGACUGGACUUUUUAUCCCACGUUGUGUGAAAUCUAUUCUUGGAUGGAUUCCAUCAUCGAAGAAUAUCCUCAAAUAGCUACAGGUUUCAACAUCGGUCGGUCGUAUGAAGGUCGUUUGAUAAGAGGCCUUAAACUUUCUUUUAAACCGGGCAAAAAAGCAAUUUUCAUUGAGUCAAACAUUCAUGCUAGAGAAUGGAUAACCUCGGCUGUCUGCACUUAUUUAAUCAUGAAGUUAUUGUCUUCCAGAAAUCCCGAAAUUCGUGAAAUGGCCGAGAGUUUGGAUUGGUGGAUUAUACCGGUAUUGAAUGUUGAUGGUUUUGUUUAUUCGCACGAGAAGGAACGAUUAUGGCGCAAGUCAAGGAGUCCUGCUAGUCCAAAUAACAUUGGUAUCGAUUUAAAUCGUAACUUUAGUUAUAAGUGGGAACUUAGAAAAUGUGCGGAUCCGUCUUCAAAUAUUUACAGCGGUCCUUAUUCUGAGUCCGAACCAGAAGUUAAGCAACUCACAAAUUUCAUAGAGAACAAUAUUCCAGAAGGUUCUAUCAAAAUUUACAUAGCGCUUCAUGCGGCUGCACAAGCAGUACUAACGCCAUGGGCCCACACGAAGACACCUCCUAGAAACUAUUCACAGCUCCUCCAUGCUGCAAAUGCCUUUGCUAGAGCAUCGUAUCGGCGGUACCGCACUGUAUAUAGAUGUGGAAUUUUGGGUAACAUUUUAAAAUUAGUUUCCGGUACAAGUACGGAUUGGGCUCAUGGGAAGAAAGGUAUACCAAUAGUUCUUUGUGUUGAAUUGCCUGGAAGGGGUAGACCGAGGCGUUUCGAACUACCCGAGGAAAUGAUUUUACGCGUAAGCGCAGAAAUUUUGGAUGGUUUUAUAGGAAUGAUUAAAGCUGUUAAAGAACUUGAUUACAUUUAA